CCGUCCUGCCCCACCUUCGGGGGCGGGGAUGAUGGCGCUGCCGCCGCCGCCGCCGGGUCCCUUCCGAGUGGUCCACCAGCAGGACGGGCAGCGGCUCCUGUGCUUCUGCAGCGGCAGCAACGCUCUCCGGCUCCACGUCACAAACGCUUCUGAGUGCUGGAGCUGUGAUGUCGCUUCCGACAAUCGGGACGACCACGUGUCUCAGGAUGGGCAGAGUCCUUCUGAUGACAGCGUUUCUAAACUCAAAAAAGCUUUGGAGAGCCAGAAUCCGACCGUAACUGUGCAGGCCAGCAAGGCCACCCUGCAGUUUGAAGAUAGCGGGCAAGGCUUGACCUUUGACCUCUGCAAAGUACCUCCGUCGGAAGCGAGGAGACAACUUCAGGAUGUGAUGUUCGGUCUGGUGGAGAGAGUGCGUACGCUGGAGAAACGCCUGAAAGAGUGUGCUGCUGUUCCUUUGCCGCUUGGCAGCCCCGAGAAAAACGCCUUGAGAAGCCAGAGUCUCUUUGCUCCAGAACCGAGUCCCCCGAAGGGCAGUGGUAGAGCUGGACAAGCUGGAGCCAAGAGACGGCUACCCGGGGAGUCUCUCAUUAACCCUGGAUUCAAAAGUAAGAAGAUACCAACAGGAGUCGAUUUUGAUGAUCUGUGAACACGCCCUUUUCCUGCCAAGAUGAAUUGCAAAGUGACUUCAUCCAUGCUCUAGCGAGAGAUCUUGAAGUGUGUGUUAUAUUACUACCAACUUUAAACACAGGUGGAUUUUUACAGGCUGUGGCGUGUCUUGCAUUCAAGCUCAGCAAGAGAAGAGACCUCCACCCUCGCAUUUCUGGAGCUGGGCAAGUGGAGAAAGCCAGAAGGCGGGUUUCCUCUGCUAGGAAAGGGGAGCUUCCAGUCUCCUUGCCUGCUUCGGACCAACAACAAUCCAUUUGAGAGGCAGAGAGAACAGCUGGGUGGGAGGAAUAUCAUUUCCAGACAUGAUUGCCAUGCCAAAGGAAAGGAGCAUUUCUUCGCCAGCUGCCGUUCGGUCUUUUCACUCCUAGUGCAAUUGGUUAUGGAUUGGUUCUAUGCUGGAAUUGGCAGUGUGGGACGUAAUGUCGACAUUUGACUGGGGUUUUUUUUAUUGGGCUUAAGACAGCUCUGUAGUAACAGUGUAAAAUUGAGUUGUAUUGUAAAUUUACUUGGGAAUACCAUCUCCAACGAACUCAACAGGAGUUUCCUUCAGAGUAAACUUGCAUUAUAGGCA